AUGAAUGGUAGAUAUCACUCCAUAUCUAGCCGAAGUGAUUCUGUAAGUAGUGGUAGUGGUGGUGCUAGGAGACACAGGCUUGCAGUGAGUGCCAUGGAUCGAGAGCCUGGGGAGCUUUCUAGUGACGGGUCUGAUGUGGCUAUUGAUUCAGAAAGUCAAGUUAAUAGAUUGGCUGAUAUAGAAAUGGUGGAUAAUGCUGAUCAGUCUGCUUCAGUGCAGAACAAGAAGAGGAAGUUUUCGCCAAUUGUUUUGGAUGGAGACCAUAAGGAGGUAAGCAGAACAGAUAAAAGUAACAGCACUGUAGUUACUACUAAUUUACCCCCAUUACCUGCUUUGGUAAAAUCAUCUCAGCAUUCACUAAACCCAGAAACUGGUGCGCCUGAGAAUGCACGGUCUUCACCCGCAUAUGAUAAGCAGGUUAGUUUAGAAGCAUCUCUUUCAAAAAAUUUGUCUGAAUUCCCAGAUGAAACAUCUUCUAUGCGAACUGAAGAUCAGUGGGCCAAAAAGAUGGAAACAGGGUCUCUGGAAGAUGAUGAUUAUGUUCCCACAAAAACCAUUAUUUCAUCCCGGUGGGCUAAUGAUGCCGACUCCCCUGCCGAUGAAGGUGAAAUUUCGGAUUAUGAAGACAUGCCUAAAUUUAACAGGAAUUAUGGUGCAGAAUCAACUGAUCAGAAAAGAUUCAGUAAAUCAGUAAGUCCUGAAGUUUGGGAGGUCAAAAAAGAAGGCACUGGAGGGAGGUCUUCUAGGUCUGAUGAACCUCUUAGGUCCUCCAGUAGAGAUAGGUAUCAUGAAGAAGAUGACAAUAACGAAUAUAUGGAGAUAGACGAGGAUCGUAAUUAUGAUGGUGCUAGAGCUAGCCAUUCUGAUUCAGAUUCUGAUGAUGAUUGUGGUUCUCAUGGUACCUCGGAGCCUUUGCGACUUCCACGAAGAAGUGUUAAUAUGCUUCAAGGUUGCAGAAGAGUCGAUGAGUUUGAGAGACUCAACAAGAUAGAUGAAGGGACAUAUGGGGUUGUAUUUAGGGCCAAGGAUAAGAAGACUGGAGAAAUUGUUGCUCUGAAGCAGGUUAAGAUGGAUAAGGAGAGAGAAGGGUUUCCUUUGACUUCACUGCGGGAGAUAAACAUCCUUUUAUCUUUUGAUCAUCCCUCCAUUGUGGAUGUCAAAGAAGUAGUGGUGGGGAGCAAUCAAGACCACAUCUAUAUGGUUAUGGAGUACAUGGAACACGAUCUUAAGGCGUUGAUGGAGACCAUGAAGCAGCCAUUUAGUCAAAGUGAAGUUAAAUGCCUCAUGCUCCAACUUUUGAGCGGUGUCAACUACCUCCAUGACAAUUGGGUGCUUCACAGAGAUUUGAAAACAUCAAAUUUGCUUUUGAAUAACUGCGGUGAGUUGAAGAUUUGUGACUUUGGUCUUGCUCGUCAAUAUGGAAGCCCACUAAAACCAUAUACGCAGCUGGUGGUUACUCUUUGGUACAGAGCGCCUGAACUUCUUCUGGGAACAAAGCAAUAUUCUACCGCAAUUGACAUGUGGUCCUUGGGGUGCAUUAUGGCCGAGCUAUUAUCAAAAGAACCUCUUUUCAAUGGGAAGACAGAGUUUGAACAGCUAGGCAAGAUUUUCAAGAUCCUGGGAACCCCUAAUGAGACCAUUUGGCCUGGGUAUUCUAAGCUCCCUGGUGUCAAGGUGAACUUCGUCAAGCAUCAGUACAACCUAUUACGUAGAAAGUUUCCACCUACUUCUUUUACUGGGUCACCCGUGCUUUCUGAUGCUGGAUUUGACCUCUUGAACAAGCUUCUAACUUAUGACCCUGAAAAGCGGAUAUCAGCUAAAGAGGCUCUCAACCAUGAAUGGUUCAGUGAAGUUCCACUUCCGAAAUCAAAGGAGUUCAUGCCUACUUUUCCAGCACAUCAUUCACGAGAUAGGCGUACGAGAAGGGUAAUGAAGAGUCCUGACCCGUUAGAAGAACUACAGAAGCUUCAGCAAGAAGGAUACGGCACUGGUGUUUUUUCGCCUGUCUUUGACGUAACUUGCCUGGAAGAGGUGGUGUGUAAAGCGGUGGGGAGAUUCUUUGCUUCUCAUAGUCAAAGAAUGUGGCGAAGUGUAGCAUCAGGAGUAUUCAAGCAAGCAGCUGCGUCGCCGGUUAAUCACAGCGCCUUGGCUUGUUCAACAUUUGAUGCCAUCAUGGCACCCAUAAAGAGCAUUCUUUCCCUGCGAAGAGCUUCUGUUAUCCUCCGCUCGCAAGAGAAGUGUGGUUUAGCAACACGACCGCUCAGCACACAAGCAUCAACCACUUCUCCCACCCCGCAAGCCCCUCCUCCUCCCCCGCCCCCAGAGAAGACCCACUUUGGCGGCCUCAAAGACGAAGACCGAAUCUUCACAAACCUCUAUGGCCUCCACGACCCUUUUCUCAAGGGCGCCAUGAAAAGAGGCGACUGGUACCGGACGAAAGACCUUGUCCUCAAGGGAACUGACUGGAUAGUCAACGAGAUGAAGAAAUCCGGCCUCCGAGGCCGUGGUGGUGCCGGUUUUCCGUCCGGUCUCAAGUGGUCCUUCAUGCCCAAAACUUCCGAUGGCCGUCCCUCGUACCUCGUCGUGAACGCCGACGAGAGCGAGCCUGGGACGUGCAAGGAUCGUGAAAUCAUGCGACACGAUCCGCACAAGCUGUUAGAAGGCUGCCUAAUAGCUGGCGUGGGAAUGCGUGCUCGGGCAGCUUACAUCUACAUCCGAGGUGAAUACGUGAACGAGAGGAUUAACCUUGUGAGGGCUCGGCAGGAGGCGUACGAGGCCGGACUGCUUGGAAAAAACGCUUGCGGCUCGGGCUACGAUUUUGACGUGCACAUCCACUUUGGUGCUGGGGCUUACAUAUGCGGAGAGGAGACUGCUCUCCUCGAGAGCCUCGAGGGAAAGCAGGGAAAGCCGAGGCUGAAGCCUCCUUUCCCGGCGAAUGCCGGCCUUUACGGCUGCCCGACAACUGUCACGAAUGUCGAGACGGUUGCAGUAUCCCCUACGAUCCUGAGGCGCGGGCCUGAGUGGUUCUCCAGCUUCGGAAGGAAAAACAAUUCGGGGACUAAGCUGUUCUGCAUCUCGGGGCACGUGAACAAGCCGUGCACGGUCGAGGAAGAGAUGAGCAUUCCGUUGAAGGAGCUUCUCGAGAGGCACUGCGGUGGGGUCCGCGGGGGUUGGGAUAAUCUGUUGGCGGUCAUACCGGGAGGCUCGUCUGUCCCUUUGCUCCCGAAACAUGUGUGCGAGGAUGUGUUGAUGGAUUUCGAUGCGCUCAAGGCCGUGCAGUCGGGUUUAGGGACUGCAGCUGUGAUCGUGAUGGACAAAUCGACUGAUGUUGUGGAUGCUAUUGCUCGGCUGUCGUAUUUCUACAAGCACGAGAGCUGUGGGCAGUGCACGCCGUGCAGGGAGGGUACGGGAUGGCUGUGGAUGAUUAUGGAGAGGAUGAAAGUUGGGAAUGCAAAGCUGGAGGAGAUUGAUAUGCUGCAUGAGGUGACGAAGCAGAUAGAGGGGCACACAAUUUGUGCUUUGGGGGAUGCAGCCGCCUGGCCGGUGCAGGGGCUUAUUAGGCAUUUCAGGCCAGAGCUCGAGAGGAGGAUCAGAGAGCGGGCAGAUAGGGAGCUGCAGCAGUCCGCCCGCCGCAACCAUAGUUCAGUUUCACUCUCAAGCCUCAAGACUCUCAACCCGCAGCCGUUCAAUUUCACUUCGAUCUCGUGUCGUCGCGCGCACACCUUGUCCAUCGCGCGCUCAGUCUCCGUCGCUCGUUCACUCUCACGGCCGCUGGCUGCUCACCGUCCGACGGUUGCUCGACGUUCCACCGGCUUCAUCGUUAUGGUGGGUCUUUCUCUUGGAGAGCAAAAUUUUAUAAAAGGUGGAAUUGCGCAGGAUUUGCGUACUGAUGGUCGUAAGCGAUUAACUUACCGGCCCAUCUCUGUGGAGACUGGUGUCAUUCCUCAGGCAAGUGGCUCAGCAAGAGUGAAGCUUGGGGCAACAGACGUUAUUGCAAGUGUGAAGGCUGAGCUUGGAAAGCCAAGUGCAUCCCAUCCUGAUAAGGGGAAGGUUUCUAUAUAUGUAGAUUGCAGCCCGACGGCUGAGCCAACUUUUGAGGGCAGAGGGGGUGAGGAAUUAGCUACUGAGCUCUCAUCCGCACUUCAACAGUGCCUUUUGGGAGGUAAAAGUGGGGCAGGAGCUGGGAUUGAUCUCUCGUCUCUAUCCAUUGUUGAGGGAAAGAUCUGUUGGGAUCUGUAUAUAGAUGGUCUCGUUGUCAGCUCAGAUGGUAAUAUACUCGAUGCCCUCGGAGCAGCCAUCAAGGCAGCCCUAAGCAAUACAACUAUUCCAAAAGUCCAAGUUGCUGCUAAUGCCCCUUCUGAUGAGCAACCGGAGGUUGAUGUGAGUGACGAGGAAUUUCUACAAUUUGACACAUCUGGGGUUCCUGUUAUAAUUACUUUAACCAAGGUUGGGAGGCAUUACAUUGUAGAUGCAACUACAGAGGAGGAAUCCCAAAUGAGUUCGGCUAUCUCAGUUUCUAUAAAUAGGCAAGGGCGGAUAUGUGGGCUGACGAAAAGAGGAGGUGCGGGCCUCGACCCAAGUGUCAUACUGGACAUGAUAUCUGUUGCUAAACAUGUGAGUGAGCAGUUGAUGAACAAAUUGGAUUCGGAAAUAGCUGCAGCCGAGGCCUGUGAUGAUGAGGAUGAUGACAUGGAGUCUUAA